AUGUCUACGCUUUCCACCUCACCUGAAAAAAAGAAACGGAUGAAAAAGAGUAGUUUGAGGCAAAUUGCAGUUAGAAUAAAUGAAAUGGUUAAAAAUGGACAAAAUAGGGCAUUUGAUGCGGUAACGAUCAGUGAGGAAUUCAUGGAUGUUGAAAGCAAUGAUGAAGCUUUUGAUGGCAGACAGCAAAUGAAUGUCAGUACCAGAUUAGAACUAUCUGUUGAAUCAACGAUUCGUAAACACAUAUUUCAAAAACAUAAGACAAACAUAAGUCCUGUGAUUUGA